AUGCGAACGGUUGGUGGUGGUGCAGUGGUGCGGGAGGACGAGGACUUCCUCAGUCUGAGCGAGCUUCCUGAAACGUUCCCGUCGGACCCACCGGAGCCCCUCCCUCACUUCCUGUUUGAGCCAGAGGACGGCUACAUCAUGAAGAACAGACCCGCCAUACUGUACUGCAAAGCCACGCCCGCCACACAGAUCUACUUCAAGUGCAACAGCGAGUGGGUUCAUCAGAAAGACCAUGUGGUGGAGGAGCGCGUGGAUGACAACUCAGGCCUGGUGGUGCGGGAGGCCAGUAUCGAGAUCUCCAGGCAGCAGGUGGAGGAACUGUUUGGGCCAGAGGAUUACUGGUGUCAGUGUGUGGCUUGGAGCUCGGCCGGGACCACCAAGAGCCGGAAAGCGCACGUCCGAGUCGCAUGUGAGUAUGAGUAA